GGUGGAUGUAUGCAUGUUGUACAUAUCCCACAUCUUCAAGAUCAAACAACAGCCCAACACACCAACGAGCAUGUCCCAGUCAGCCUUCUCGCAGAGUCAGCAGACCCAACGGAGUCGACAGCAAUCCAUCUUCUCACAAACUGCCUCCCAAUCGACUACUACCAGAUCAACAGCCACCUCCAAGGCUCAUCAUCCAACCUGUCCGAGAUGCGGCUCAAGGAAAUGGAGGAGGGAUCCGAAUCGGGGCGUCGUCGUCUGCGCCGAAGGUCACGUCCUAGAGGGCUUCCUACGCGAGAGUACCGAACAGACCGAGGCCUCUCAAUACUCUCUUCGAAAAAGGAGACUCUCGGCGGCUCCAAGGCAACGGAAAUCUUACAUCGGAAAAUCAGCUUAUCAGGACCAACGCGCCCGUAUCUUGUUGGUCCAGGCAUUAACCCUCUUGAUUCGCAAACAAAUCGAAGCGCUCGUUCAGAUCAUCAAUGCACCAACUCAACUAGAAGAAAUCACUCAGACUUUAUGGAAGGCUUACCUUUCAGCAAUCAACCUUGACGAUAACUUAUUUAGAGCAGAAGACAGGUCUCCGUCCCCAGCGAUUCCCAGCUCACGAUUCGGGGACGACUCCCAAUCGGCCGGAUACUCCUCCCAGGACCCUGAUAGCUCACAUACCACCACUCCGCGCAGAACUAAUCCCAGUACAAGUGAUUCUCUUCUCCAAACAGGGGCCACUCCAAACAAGGAUCAACUGACGACCCCAGAAGCUUUGAAGGCAAUCACCCAAAACCAUCCCGAAUCCUCCGACGACUCCUCGACUGACUCAGCCUCCUCUUCUAGCUCCAAUGAUGGUUUACAACAGAAAAAAUCCACCCGGAAAACUCCCAAAACCCAUCAUCGUGCUCAUACCGAAAACAUCAAGAUCCAUCCAAGGAUGGUCGUCACGAUCUGCACGAUCUAUUUGGCUUGCUUGAAGCUUCGACUUCCGAUCAUCUUACAAGACCUCAUCAACUUCAUUACCACUAAACAAGUCCCUCACAUCGGCUUCAUUCAUUCGAUCCCCACCGAGGUCCAGAAAAAGAUGAACCGACCGGUCAUGCAGAGUUUAUCAGCCGAAAAACCACCACGCUUAUUUGCACGUCGAGGGCAUUCGAGUGGAUUGGUUAACGUCUGUCGCCAACUGUUGAAGAUCUUUCAGGACGCUAAUCCGUCGGUCUUGUUGCCCGAAAAUACUACCCCCAAUUUGUCCCUUCUUGUCUUACGCUUCUCGAAAGUCUUGCUUCUACCUGAUCCCUUGCAACUAGUGGCAUUGAACCUAGUGCGCCGCCUAGACCCGUACUUCUUAACGUUAAGUGUGCUUCCUCCAUCCGGCGGGGCCCAAGCCAGCAUGGGUGCCGUCUCGGCCAAGACGACGACGAGCGCCGCCGAUCGUCGAGCAGGCUCGGCCACCGGAAACAAAGCGCUGGCGAUAUUCCGGAUGCAGAUGGCCAAAUAUCCGCCGGAAUGGUUCAUCAUGGCCGUCGUCUAUAUCGUCGCGCAAUCCGCUAUCGUCGCUUCUUGCUCCAAUCGUCCUCGUCCCUCUGCUGCUUCUUCUUCUUCUUCUGACAACGACGACAAUGACGGUGAUUAUGAGAAUGCCAAAGAUGGUGAUGGUGAUGGUGAUGAUGAUAAUGGUCGGGCUGCUGGGGCUGGCGGUGAAGGUGGUGGAGCCAACUCGGUAGCAGAUCAGAAUCAGGGAGAAAUCGAUCAGCAAAUGCGGCGCUUGGUUUCCCAAUUCUUGCCUCAUCAUGAUCAAUGGUAUCAAGAUCUCACGCACAAGAUCAAACUCGAUGAAGAUCAGAAACCUCAAACACUAUGGGAGAAGAAUUUGACUGAGUUGGAUCCGAAAGAAAUCGAUUCAUAUAUCGCGUUUACGAAGGACUUUUUGUUGAAUGAUCAGCCUGAACCCAAUGACAUCGCGUUCAAGAAUCUCUUUUUCCCGCUCUCUUCGACGACAAGAACCGAGGCAAAUGGAGACAUUGAGAUGGACGAAGCAGGUUCGAAUGAGAGAGCGAGAGAAGAAGGAGGAAUAAGAAGCAGCGUGCAAGCAGCCGACGAUCCUGCUGAUCCAACAGAAGACCAAUCUGCAGAUACUCAUCCUCAAAACAGACUCAAAAGGAAGGAUGAUCAGCAAGAGAUCGUCAAGUUAUUGACCCAGUUACUCGUCACUCGGAGCUCCGAAGCCGUCGGCUGUACGCUCUCCAAUCAUUCCCAUCUUGAGGAGUUCGUCAAGGUCUACGUCUUUGUGGACUCGUUCCUUUCCAAGAAAAUUUGAUCUUCCUCUUUGGUUUCCUCGUUUGUAUCCCCCUCAUCUUCGCUUUGUGAUAAUAUGCUUCAUAUUGGGUUUUUGGAUUAUCUUGUAUUUCUUGUGCGGGCUCUGCAUAUUUUUUUUCUUUUUUGGUGGGGGGGGGGGCAAGGGGGUGGAUUAGUUGCUUGAUUGCAAAAUAGUUGGAAUAUGUAGUUGUUACAGUCAAGGGCCCAAGAUACAUCAAUUCUGUUGAACAAAGAAAAGGAAACGUCUGCUUGCUUGUAUUGACACUUCAAGUUCGC